GAGGGAAAUCUAGCCCGGGGAUUUCAUGCGGCCUAGCUCGGCUCCGUCUCCUCCCCCCGCAGCCCGGGCGGCUGCCCGCACCCCAGUUCCGCUCCGGGCCUCCGUGUCUCUCCUGUGAUCCUACGGACACGGCUGGGGGUUAGAAUGGAACAAACUGAAGGACCUAGAAUAGGGUCUGGUACAUUGUUUGUGUUCAGUAAUGAACUAUGUCAUAAACAAAACCAAAAUUUAAAAAAAGGACUCUAUGAGGACUAAGAUAUAUAUCUGGAGUAUCAUACCACUUGGAGUCUGGGAAUAGGCAAGGCCCGAUGAGAAAAAGGGAAAGUUAAGGAUGCUGGAGCAGAACAAUGGAUUUCUCUUUCUCUUUCAUGCAAGGGAUCAUGGGAAACACAAUUCAGCAACCACCUCAACUUAUUGACUCCGUCAACAUCCGUCAGGAGGAUGCCUUUGAUAACAGCAGUGACAUUGUUGAAGAUGGUGGCCAUACACCAUAUGAAGCUACCUUGCAGCAAGGCUUUCAGUAUGCACCUACAACAGAAGAUCUUCCUCCACUCACAAAUGGCUAUCCACCAUCAAUCAGCAUGUAUGAAACUCAAACCAAAUACCAGUCUUAUAAUCAGUAUCCCAAUGGAUCAGCCAAUGGCUUUGGUGCAGUUAGAAACUUUAGCCCCACUGACUAUUACCAUUCAGAAAUUCCAAACACAAGACCACAUGAAAUUCUGGAAAAACCUUCUCCUCCACAGCUACCACCUCCUUCGGUACCACAAACUGUGAUUCCAAAGAAGACUGGCUCACCUGAAAUUAAACUGAAAAUAACCAAAACUAUCCAGAAUGGCAGGGAAUUGUUUGAGUCUUCCCUCUGUGGAGACCUUUUAAAUGAAGUACAGGCAAGUGAGCACACAAAGUCAAAGCAUGAAAGCAGAAAAGAAAAGAGGAAAAAAAGCAACAAACAUGACUCAUCUAGAUCUGAAGAGCGCAAGUCACACAAAAUCCCCAAAUUAGAACCAGAGGAACAAAAUAGACCAAAUGAGAGGGUUGAUCCUGUUUCUGAAAAACCAAGAGAAGAACCGGUACUAAAAGAGGAAACCUUGGUUCAGCCAAUAUUAUCUUCUGUUCCAACAACAGAGGUGUCCGCUGGCAUUAAGUUCCAGGUUGGCGAUCUUGUUUGGUCAAAGGUGGGAACCUAUCCUUGGUGGCCUUGUAUGGUUUCAAGCGAUCCCCAGCUUGAGGUUCAUACCAAAAUUAACACAAGAGGUGCCCGGGAAUAUCACGUCCAAUUUUUUAGCAACCAACCAGAGAGGGCAUGGGUACAUGAAAAACGGGUACGAGAGUAUAAAGGUCAUAAACAAUAUGAAGAAUUACUGGCAGAGGCAACCAAACAAGCCAGCAAUCACUCUGAGAAACAAAAGAUUCGGAAACCCCGACCACAGAGAGAACGUGCUCAAUGGGAUAUUGGCAUUGCCCAUGCAGAGAAAGCAUUGAAAAUGACCCGAGAGGAAAGAAUAGAACAGUAUACUUUUAUCUAUAUUGAUAAACAGCCUGAGGAGUCUUUAUCCCAAGCGAAAAAGAAUGUUGCCUCCAAAGCGGAAGUUAAAAAACCCCGGAGACCAAGAUCAGUGCUGAAUACUCAGCCAGAACAGACCAAUACAGGUGAGGUGGCCUCCUCACUAUCAAGUACUGAGAUUCGGAGACAUAGCCAGAGGCGGCACACGAGUGUGGAAGAGGAAGAACCACCUCCUGUUAAAAUAGCCUGGAAAACAGCAGCAGCCAGGAAAUCGUUACCAGCUUCUAUUACAAUGCACAAAGGGAGCUUGGAUUUGCAGAAGUGCAACAUGUCUCCAGUUGUGAAAAUUGAACAAGUAUUUGCUCUUCAGAAUGCUACAGGAGAUGGGAAAUUUAUCGAUCAGUUUGUUUAUUCAACAAAGGGAAUUGGUAACAAAACGGAAAUAAGUGUCAGGGGACAAGACAGACUUAUAAUUUCUACACCAAACCAGAGAAAUGAAAAGGCAACUCAGAAUGUAUCAUCUCCUGAAGCAACAUCUGGUUCUGCAGGCUCAGAAAAGAAGCAACAGAGAAGAUCAAUUAGAACUCGUUCCGAAUCAGAGAAAUCCACUGAGGUUGUGCCAAAGAAGAAGAUCAAAAAGGAGCAGGUUGAAACAGUUCCUCAGACUACAGUGAAGACUGGAUUACAGAAAGGUGCCAGCGAGAUUUCAGAUUCCUGUAAACCUCUAAAGAAAAGGAGUCGCGCCUCAACUGAUGUAGAAAUGACUAGUUCAGCAUACAGAGACACAUCUGACUCUGAUUCUAGAGGCCUGAGUGACCUGCAGGUAGGCUUUGGAAAGCAAGUAGAUAGCCCUUCAGCUACUGCAGAUGCAGACAUUUCUGAUGUGCAGUCCGUGGACUCAAGUUUGUCAAGAAGAGGCUUUGGAACGAGUAAGAAGGACACUGUGUGUCAGAUCUGUGAAAGCUCUGGUGACUCUCUGAUUCCUUGUGAGGGAGAGUGCUACAAAUACUUUCACCUGGAGUGCCUGGGGGUGACAUCACUCCCCGAUGGGAAGUUCAUCUGCAUGGAAUGUAAAACCGGAAAGCACCCAUGUUUUUCAUGUAAGGUGUCUGGUACAGAUGUGAAGCGUUGCUCUGUCGGUGCUUGUGGGAAAUUUUAUCAUGAAGCCUGUGUCCGCAAAUUCCCCACUGCCGUCUUUGAAUCAAAAGGAUUCCGCUGUCCCCAGCACUGCUGUUCUGCCUGCUCUAUGGAGAAAGACAUCCACAAAGCAAGUAAAGGUCGCAUGAUGAGGUGUUUGAGAUGUCCAGUAGCCUAUCACUCUGGAGAUGCUUGUGUUGCUGCCGGAAGCAUAUUCGUGUCCUCCUACAUUCUCAUCUGUAGUAAUCAUUCCAAACGGAGCAGUAAUUCAUCCUCUGCUGUAAAUGUAGGCUUUUGUUUCGUUUGUGCGAGAGGGCUGAUAGUUCAGGAUCAUUCAGACCCCAUGUUCAGUUCAUAUGCCUAUAAGUCCCACUACCUACUGAAUGAAUCAAAUCGUGCAGAGUUGAUGAAAUUACCUAUGAUUCCUUCUUCGUCAGCUUCCAAAAAGAAAUAUGAGAAAGUUAUUAAGACUGUUUAUUUGUUUCAAGGUGGAAGAUUGCUCUGCUGUGAAUCGUGCCCAGCUUCCUUCCAUCCAGAAUGCCUGAGCAUAGAAAUGCCAGAAGGCUGCUGGAAUUGUAAUGACUGUAAAGCUGGCAAGAAACUGCAUUACAAGCAGAUUGUUUGGGUCAAAUUGGGAAAUUACAGAUGGUGGCCAGCAGAGAUCUGCAAUCCCAGGUCUGUGCCACUGAACAUCCAGGGCCUUAAGCAUAACUUGGGGGACUUCCCUGUGUUCUUCUUUGGUUCUCAUGACUACUAUUGGGUGCACCAGGGCAGAGUGUUCCCUUAUGUUGAAGGAGACAAAAGCUUUGCUGAGGGACAGACUAGUAUUAACAAGACCUUCAAAAAAGCUCUGGAAGAAGCUGCAAAACGUUUCCAGGAGUUGAAAGCACAAAGAGAAAGUAAAGAAGCACUAGAGAUUGAAAAAAACUCAAGAAAACCUCCUCCUUACAAACACAUCAAAGCUAACAAAGUCAUAGGAAAGGUACAGAUCCAGGUUGCAGACCUGUCAGAGAUUCCCCGCUGUAACUGCAAGCCAGCCGAUGAGAACCCUUGCGGCUUAGAAUCCGAGUGCCUGAACAGAAUGCUGCAGUACGAGUGUCACCCGCAGGUGUGCCCAGCCGGAGAUCGUUGCCAGAACCAGUGCUUCACAAAGAGGCUCUACCCUGAUGCAGAAAUCAUCAAAACGGAGCGAAGAGGCUGGGGCCUCAGGACCAAAAGGAGCAUUAAGAAGGGUGAAUUUGUAAAUGAAUAUGUUGGCGAAUUAAUUGACGAAGAAGAAUGCAGAUUGCGAAUCAAGCGAGCCCACGAGAACAGCGUAACCAAUUUUUAUAUGUUAACUGUCACCAAGGACCGUAUAAUUGAUGCCGGCCCAAAAGGAAAUUACUCUCGCUUUAUGAACCACAGUUGUAAUCCAAACUGUGAAACACAAAAGUGGACAGUGAAUGGAGAUGUUCGAGUUGGACUUUUUGCUCUUUGUGAUAUUCCUGCAGGAAUGGAGUUAACUUUUAAUUAUAACCUGGAUUGCCUGGGCAACGGCAGGACGGAGUGCCACUGUGGGGCAGAGAACUGCAGUGGUUUUCUUGGAGUGCGGCCCAAGUCAACAUGUGUGGCAACAACUGAAGAAAGGGCAAGAAAUGCUAAGUUAAAGCAGAAGAGACGAAAAAUCAAAACAGAAUCAAAGCAGAUGCAUGAAGAUUACUGUUUUCAAUGUGGAGAUGGUGGAGAGCUGGUCAUGUGUGAUAAAAAGGACUGUCCCAAAGCAUACCACCUCCUAUGCCUUAACCUGACUCAGCCACCGUAUGGAAAGUGGGAGUGCCCGUGGCAUCAGUGCGAUGAGUGCAGCAGUGCAGCUGUUUCCUUCUGUGAGUUCUGUCCACGUUCCUUCUGUAAAGAUCACGGGAAGGGGGCUCUGGUCCCCUCUGCACUGGAAGGCCUUCUCUGCUGCUCCGAACAUGACCCCGGGGCUCCUGUGCCACCAGAAUACUGGAGCAAGAUCAAAUGUAAAUUGGAAUCACAAGAUCAUGGAGAAGAAGCAAAAGAAUGAAUGGGUGGUGGUUUCCUUUUUUCCUUUCUCUUUGAACAAAAAGGAAAAGCAGAACGUAAAUAGAUGGUGUGUUAGUAAAAGGAGAGACUGCUGCAGUGUGCACAGCCUUUGCCGUCAGUACUGCCUUAUUAAGAGACUGGGAGCCUGGUCCUGAGGCAGAAGCA